AGCGGGCCGAGGAGGGGGCGGCAGAGCAGCGUGGACCGGGAGCAGCCUAUCACAUGUUCGUGCUGAUGGAGGACUUGCUAGACAAGCUGAAGCAGCUGAGCUACGAAGAGGAGGCGCUGCGGCGCCACAACAUGCGGCCGCUCUCCAGGCACUACUUUGCAUUGCCCACUAAUCCUGGUGAGCAGUUCUUUAUGUUUUGCACGCUUGCUGCUUGGCUGAUCACUAAAGCAGGACAUCGCUUCGAACAGCCACAAGAAUAUGAUGAUCCCAAUGCAAUAAUAUCAAAUGUACUUUCAGAGUUGCGAUCAUUUGGAAGACCUGUGGAUUUUCCUCCCUCAAAAUUAAAGGCAGGUUACGGAGAGCAAGCAUGCUAUGUUCUUGAUUGUUUAGCUGAAGAGGCCUUGAAAAACACUGUCUCUAGCUGGAAAAGGCCAGUGUAUCCAACAGAAGAGCGAGAAGAAGAAAUAAUCGAAGAUGAUGCAGAAUUAAUGCUUAAUAAAAUGGAAGAAAAUGUUGUGGGAGAAGAGUCAGAUAAUGAAGAAAAUUUUAUUGACCUGAAUGUUCUAAAGGCACAAACGUACAGAUCAGACUUGAAUGAGUCUGCAAGGCAAGAAGAGAUUUUACAGUCUACAACAGAUGCAGCAGAAUGGAAUCUGGAAGUGGAACGUGUCCUUCCACAGUUGAAAGUUACCAUCAAGACUGACAAUAAGGACUGGAGGAUCCAUUUAGAUCAAAUGCAUCAGCAUAAGGAUGGAAUUGAAUCUUUCUUGAAAGAAACUAGGGGUUACCUUGACAAACUCCAUAAUGAAAUCAGCAGAACAAUGGAAAAGAUCAAUAGCAGAGAAAAGUACAUCAACAAUCAGUUGGAGCACUUGGUUCAAGAGUACUGUUCAGCACAGGCCUUGCUGAGCGAGGCUAAAGAGAAGUACCAGGAAGGAAGUGGAGGAGUAACUCAAAGGAUCAAAAUGCUUUCUGAGAUUACAGAAGUAUUAGAGAGAGUAAAGCAGGAAACAGAAGAGAAAGGAAGCAGUAUGACUGAUGGUGCUCCUCUAGUGAAGAUUAAACAGGCCUUAACGAAACUGAAGCAAGAAACCAUUCAGAUGGACAUACAAAUUGGUGUGAUGGAACACACGUUACUGCAGUCAAAGCUGACAGAGAAAUCCAAUAUGACUAGAGACAUGCAUGCAGCAAUGAUUCCAGAAGCCACAGUAGGUGUCUAUUAAAAUUGUUUGGAGCUGACUUGGUCUGCCGAAAUAUAGUUUUCUACCAUUUGCUUUUUUGUUACUUUAAAGGUUUCCUUUUUGUUGGGCAGUGGGGGCAUUAAUUUCUCUUUUUUAUUUUCAAGAAGAUGCUUGUCAUGCACUUUUAAGAAGUAAAACACACACUUUGGACUCAGCAUGGAGUCAUGUUUAGUUUUGUGCUGUAAAGAUUUACUUCAGAUCCCUUCCAAAUAUGCUAAUAAAUUCUUAUUAAUGAAAAUGUCUCUACUUCAUUGGAGAAUGUUAUGUAGUGUGAAAGUCUAUAGACCGAUACUGACAGCCUGUAAUCUUGAUGCUCUGCAGUGCUGAAAGAAAACUGCUUGCAAAGGACUUGAAUUUAAAAUGUCUAUUAUUGCCAUUCACAUAUGUUUUGUAUAAAGUAUUUAAUUGCUGAUACUGAAAUGAUACAGCAUUAUCCGUUCUAAAAGACUGGGUCAAAAUUGAUUUCAGCUGCAAGUGGAAGUAAAAUGUUGCUUCCACUUUUAAGCAAAAAACUAACGCUGCAAUAGUUGCAAUAAUAUUGGUGUGCUCCUAGGGCAACCCUACAGAAAUCUGUAAGGGGACAACUACUGUAUUC